UUAAGUUUUGCGGGACCCAGUCCGUUGUGGUUAUCCUGCUUCUCGCGCAGUCCGCACAGCCUAGUUGGAGUUUUUGUGAUUUGCAGCGCAGACGGAGGCCUGUUGAUCAAGCAGAUGGUCCGCCCAGAUGUUUUUAUUUUAGAAGUUUGCUUACUCUCUGUGGAACGGGGAAUUUUAUGUGGAUUUAAAUCGAAAGUGGAGUGUUGGAUUUUGUUUCUUUUUGUCGCUUCAUAUUUAAAAUCGACGCUAUGAACAACGAACUGUUAUUAACUCAUAAAUAGUUCUUUUUUAUUUUUCAAAGUCACAUUUCAAUUUCAUGAUAGCAGGCCAUUCUACAGCUGGUAAAUGCGAAGAGUAGCAGAAUGGACAAGAGCUUUGAAUGCCCGUAUUGGGCGCUGACGGUGGACGACGUGUACGACAUCGCCAAGUCGAUCGGGGCAGAGGUGGAGAAGUUACUCGACAAUUAUGGCAAGGAGAGUGUCGAGGGACUGGUGCCCAAGACUGUCAAAGUUCUGGAGCUAUUGGAGCACUUCGCGGCUCGAAAUCGAGCAGUUCUGGAGGUCGCAGGGGCUGAGCACGAGCUGUUGCGCGCUUUUGGGAACCUUCAUGCCCAGCCACCGCCACUACCGCCACGGAAGAGUGCGGCGCCAGAGGACGAAGAGGCGGCAUCGGCGUCCUCUACUGCAGCUACGGGGAAUAUGAGCUGGAGCGAGAUUAGGGACCUGGAACUCAAGGAGCAAAAAUGGAGGAGAAAAGCUGAAGACCUGCAGAUUCAACUGAAACACCUUAGGGAAGAAAACCAGCAACUGCUCAACCAGGUUUCCUGCAGCCUCUCCAAAGAAGACAGUACAUUGCAAAAAGAAAGAGAAAUCAUGUUAAAACUAAAAGGAAUUGUUGACAAACAACGAGAUGAGAUCCGUGCCCAGGGGCAAGAGAUUGGCAUCAAAACAAAGGAGGUGGAGGCAUUGCAGGAACAGCUUGAUCGUUUUAUGAAAAUGAACAGUGAUUUACGACACAAGCAGUCAAUUGCUCAAGCUCAGGUGACAAGUGCCAGUGAGACAAAGGCUAAUCUAGAAGCUGACCUUGAGGAGAGGCAAAAGGAAAUUGCGAGGUUAAGAAAGAGGCUAGAGGAAGAAAUAAAGAAACAAGAAUCUGGGAAAAUGGAAGAGCCACGCAAUGGUAAGAAUGAAAUAGACCUCACUGAUAAAAUGGUGAUAGACCUGAAGGAUCCCAAUAGACCUUGUUUUACAAAACAAGAGGUGAAACAAAUUCUGAUAGAGAGGAAUGAACUGAAGGCAAACCUCUUCCUUGUUCAGGAGGAGCUGUCCUAUUAUCAGAGGGAGAUCCUGAAUGAUGAGCGUUAUCCAGGAUUCCUCAUGGAGGCUUUCCGCAGUGCCAUUAAGAGGCAGAGAAAGAAGAUCAAAGCCAAGAUGCUGGGUAUCCCAGAAGAGCAAUGUAGCAGUGAUGAUGAGCAGAGGGACACAAUAUUUACUGACAGUGGGCUAGACUGCACUGACAGCGGAUCAUCCGAAUCCAGAAUACAAAACCUGUUUGGCAUCCUGUUUCGGAGAAACAGUGGAAAACCAGCAUCUCCACCACAGCCAUCUGCAGGAUCCUGGGAAAUAAUAACUCCUGAAGAGACAACGAAUUCUCAAAAGACAGAAUCUGAAUCUUCCAAAUGAACCUGUCUAUUUGACAUUUAGCCAAUUGGACUAAAACAGUGAUUUUAUUUCUAUUUAUGCAGGAAGUUUGCACUGACAUGCUCCUUCAGUUAUGUACAAUACUGUAUAUACAAUCUUUUCGUAAAGAGAAAAAUAUCAAUGGGAGAAAAUUUGUUUACUAAAGCAUCAGGGAAGCUGGUUUGUAAUUAAGCACAUUUUAAGGGAAAAUUUAAGCGCUUUCACAAAGUUAUUUCAUGUCCUUGUAUGUUUAAAGCGGUUAAAAUUGUAUGUAUGUAAACCUGUUUAUCAAAAGAUUA